GAAAUCACGACGGAGGCCUGGCAACGAUGGCGAAAGUGGUCUGAAGCCCUUAGGGAGGUUGAUAAAAUCCACAUACCUAGAUGCUAUUUCGACGGGGCAAACAGCCAAUUGUAUGAUUACCUGCAGCUACACAUAUUCGUCGACGCAAGUGAAUCAGCGUAUGCUGCCGUAGCAUAUUUUCGUGUUAUUAAUACAGAUGGGAAAACAGAAUGCUCCCUCGUCGCUGCCAAAACCAGAGUAGCUCCACUGAAACCCUUGUCAAUACCCCGCAUGGAGCUGCAAGCCGCGGUAUUGGGAGUAAGGCUUAUGCAGUUCGUCUUGGAAAGCCAUACAGUGACUGUAUCUAAACGCUAUUUUUGGAGUGAUUCGGCUACGGUCCUAGCCUGGAUCCGAUCCGACCCACGCAAGUAUAAGCAAUAUGUGGCAUGUAGAAUCGGAGAAAUGUUGUCUGUAACAGACGUCAAUGAGUGGAGAUGGGUCCCAUCAAAACUGAACCCGGCCGAUCUCGCUACUAAAUGGGGCAAGACCCACCUUCUAAGUGGAGAUAACACAUGGUUUAAAGGACCUCGUUUUCUAUAUCUUGAGGUUCAAGACUGGCCCAAACAAAAUGUACAACAUCAAACUGAAGAAGAAUUACGUGUGAGUCUGAUGCACAGUGAAGUUCACAUAACUAUUCCUAUAGUCGACUUCGGGCGUUUUUCACGAUGGACCCGCUUACUAAGAUCGAUCGGAUUCGUACUACGCUUCAUCUUAAAAUUACGCAAAGAGAAUACGAUGACUUGCUACAAUCACCUAAGUCAAGAAGAACUGAAUCGAGCUCAAAAUUGUUUAUUUAAAAUGGUGCAAUGGCAAGCAUAUCCAACGGAAAUGGCAAAAUUAUCCAGCCAUAUAAGAGAUACGUCCAAUAGCCAGCAGGUGGAUCGGCAAAGCAUAAUAUACCAAUUGUGUCCCUUCCUGGAUGAAAACGGAGUUCUGCGGGCCGACAGUCGCAUAGGCGCUGCACCGCAUAUGGAUGCCGAGGCAAAGUUCCCGAUCAUACUGCCGAAGAAACAUCGAGUAACGUUUUUAAUAAUAGACGAAUAUCAUCGAUCCUUGAGACACGGUAACACGGAGACAGUUGUAAACGAAGUUCGCCAGCGGUUCCACGUUCAGCAGCUGCGGUCAUUUGUUAGACAAGUUGCACAGGCAUGCCAGUGGUGCAAGAUUAGAAAGGCCAAACCAAAUGUUCCUAGAAUGGCGCCCCUUCCGUUAGCCCGAUUAGCAUCAUUCACUAGACCGUUCACUUACGUCGGACUAGACUUCUUCGGUCCGCUGCAAGUAAAAAUCGGCAGAAGUAGUGUAAAAAGAUGGAUUGCUCUCUUCACCUGUCUCACCAUAAGGGCCGUGCAUUUAGAAGUAGCCUUCAGCAUGUCAACAGAAUCAUGUAUCCAUUGCGUUCGACGGUUCGUGUGCCGUCGAGGCUCGCCGAUUGAAAUUUACUCGGACAACGGUACAAACUUUGUAGGAGCAGAGAGACUACUGGCUGAGCAAAUAGCAGAGGGAUUGGCAGUCACGUUCACUGGAACCAAUACCAAGUGGAUGUUCAUUCCCCCUGCCACGCCACACAUGGGAGGCGCGUGGGAGCGAAUGGUGCGUUCAGUGAAGACGGCAAUGGAGACAGCAUACAACAACGAUCGUAAGUUGAAUGACGAAGCAUUGCAAACACUGAUUAUCGAAGCAGAAGCGAUUGUAAAUAGUAGACCGCUCACAUAUCUACCAUUGGAUUCAGAGGAAUCUGAAGCGUUAACGCCAAACCACUUUCUUCAAGGAAGCUCGAGCGGAAUUCGUCAACCUGCAAUGUCAGCGAUAAAUAAUACGCGUGCACUUUCGAACUCUUUGUGCAUGGUACAACAGCAGUUGGAUAAGUUCUGGAGGCGAUGGACUAGAGAGUACUUACCGACAUUGACUAAACGGCCAAAGUGGUUUGGGGAAGUGCGACCAUUAGCAGUUGGUGACGUGGUGUUGGUAGUAGAAGGAAGUAGCAGAAACAGCUGGACGCGUGGACGUGUUAAGGAAAUUGUGAGAGGAGAAGAUGGAAGAGUUCGACAAGCUUUCGUGGAUACUGCGAGGGGAGUGUUGAGAAGGGCUGCGUCGAAGUUAGCAUUGCUGGAAAUCAAUGACGAAUGUGGUAACCCUGAUACCUGUGGCCAGAGUUACGGGGGGGAGGGUGUUGCUACUGGGCGCACUGCCUCAGAUUCAUUAUCAGCGAAAUAAUCAUAAAUGCCUUGCAGGAAAGGAAAACGUAGUGACAGAGGAGAAUUGUCAUAACAGUAGGAGAAAGAGAAAGCUUUCGGAGAAUUGUUGAUAGUCGGAAAUUAGAAAGAAGAGUUGAAAGGAAAUUAGCAAGAGAAUAGUUGGAUUGAAUCGCCAUUUUAGAGGAAAAGACCUCAGGAACAACGAUAGAAGAUAGGAUCGAAAGUAAUUGCUACAGGAAGAGAAUCCUAGCAUAAAUAAGCGACACCACUAGUUUUAAAGCUACACAAAAAUAGACAGAGUGUUGCUAAAAACUCGGUGUCCGAAAUCUGAAAUUUCUACGCCA